CGUGACGUCACCGGCGCUCAGGGGAUGGAUCAGAUCAGCGCAGCGAGCGUCGCUUAUAAUCAGGAUUUAACACACAAGACCAUCCUGGUGGGAGACAGCGGAGUGGGAAAGACGUCUCUGCUGGUUCAGUUUGAUCAAGGGAAGUUCAUCCCCGGCUCGUUUUCCGCAACGGUGGGGAUCGGAUUCACGAAUAAAGUGGUGACGGCGGACGAGCUGAAGGUGAGGUUACAGAUCUGGGACACGGCGGGACAGGAGAGGUUCCGGAGCGUCACACACGCCUACUACAGAGACGCUCAGGCUCUUCUCCUGCUCUAUGACAUCACCAGCAAGUCCUCCUUCGACAACACCAGGGCGUGGCUCACCGAGAUCCACGAAUAUGCUCAGGACGAUGUGGUCAUCAUGUUGCUUGGCAACAAGUCAGACAUGACCGGCUCCAGAGUCAUCAGACGAGAAGACGGAGAGAAGCUCGCCAGAGAAUACGGAGUCAUUUUCCUAGAGACCAGCGCCAAAACAGGACUCAACGUGGACGAGGCCUUCAUGACGGUGGCAAAAGAGCUGGUCAGACGCUUCGGUCCAGCUGCAAGUGGAGCCCAGGUUUCAUCUCUCCACGACGUGCUGCAGCCGGAGAAAGAGACGUCCAGCUGCUGCGGCUUCUUAGCUGAAAAGAGAGCGGCGGCAGUCCCGAGUUUAACACAAACCUCCUCACUCAGAGUCGCCCCAAGCA